AUGGCAAGAACAAAACAAACAUUCAGAAGGGCUACUAAUAAUAAGGGUUUUGCAAGAAAAGCAAUAGCAAGAAGAGCAAGAAAAUCUGUACCAUGGAGACGUGGUCGUGCUGGAAGGAAAAUCGGUUUAGAUCAAGAUAAUGAUGAGAAUGCUGGGGGAAACUUUGAUAGACUUUUUACUUUUACAAAACCAGUCAAUAUGAUUCAUUUAAAUCACAUCAAGUAGAAUAAAUAGAAAGCAAAUAAAAAUGGAGAGAUUUAAAUUGACACCAGCACUGCUAAGAAAGGAGGAAAAACUCUUAUUGUGCAACCAUUGACUAUCAGAAAACCUAAAAGACAGUAUAAUGAAAAAUAUCUUGUUGAGCUGGUUAAAUAACAGAAAAAAUUAUCUGAUCAGAAAUCUAAUCUAAAAAAAGACAAGGUUGACAAGCUUGAUGAUACCUUGAAGAUGAAUUCCUGCUGUCUUUUCUGUAAUAACAGGCUGAUGAUUGAAGCAGUGAGGAAGAAUGAUAUUAACUAGGUCAAAAAUUUGCUUGCAGAUCAUGAAAAUAUAUCAAAUCCGUUCCAAAGCCUUAAUUGCCAGAAUAACUUCGAGGAUGCAUUUUAUUUGGCUGAUAAACUUAAGCAUUAUGAAAUCAUUAAACUUUUUUUGAGGGAUCUCAACUCUAAAAAAGAGAGAAAGGAGCUUCCAUCUACAUUGCUUGAGUAAUCUCAUACUGGUAAUCCUGGUUCCUAUAACUUUAAUCAUGGCAUAAAAGCUCUAAAUCAAGCAAGAGGAUCAAAAGAAGGAAAUGAUGCUUUUACUUAGGAUGAUUUUGCUAGAGAAAAAGUUAAAAGAAAAGCUAUACUUUAGAAAAAUUAGUAUUCCCUUCCAACAUUAAAACUAAUAAUGACAGAAAGGAAAAAAGAUAAAAGUGAAAAUGAUGUCUUUGAAUCGCUUUAAUCAUAGACAAUUAAGUAUGUGAGAAAAGGAAUGUAAAAGGAAGCCGAAUUUCUUUUGAAAUAUGAUUUUGAGAAUCAAAUUAAUGAUCUCAACAGACUAUAUGGUGGGGCUCUCUCUGGAGAAUUGCCCCCUAAUAUUGUCAAAAUCUCAGUGAUAAAGCAAUCCAGAAUGUAUAACAUGCUUUCACCAUUACACUGUGCCUGCAUUAAUCCUAAUCCUAACAUUAUCAAAACUUUAUUGAAGUCAGUUCCAUAAUUUUCACUACCUGAUUUUAACAGAAGGAAUCUUAUUCACUAUGCAGCUGCUAAUCAUAAUCCAGAUGUUCUUAAAUUCCUGCUAGCUAAUGGUGCUGAUCCUAAUGAAGUAGAUUCUAUGAGAAAUACUCCUCUCAUGAUUGCUGCUGAACUUGGAAGAACUUAAAACAUACUAGCCCUUUUGGACCAUUUUGAAUAAAAAAGAAAGGCAAGAGAAUAGGCUGAAAAAGAAAAAGAUAAGUAAAGAAAGAAAAAGAUCUUGUAGAAACCAAAAUCAAAGAAAAAGAGUAGAAAACCUAGAGGUAAAUAAGGAGGUGAUGAUGAAGAUGAUGAGGAUAUGGAUGAUAAUGAAGGUGACAACGAAGAGGAAACCCUAAAUAUUAAUUAUGUUGAUACAAAAAAUAGAUCUAGUUUUACAGCUCUUCAUUUUGCUGUCCUGAGUGGAAGCAUGUAAUGUGUUAAAGCAUUACUAGAUGCGGGGGCAGAUCCAAAUCUCAAAACCUCAAAGUCUAUGACACCCGCGCUUAUAGCUAGCGCAUGCGGCUAUUUAGAUAUUUUGAGGCUUCUUAAAUCUCAUGAUGUAGACUUAGAAGGUAAGGUUCACAAACAAAGAAAAACAGCUUUGAUUUUUGCGUGUAUGAAUGGACACAAUGAUAUUGUAGAAUACUUAAUUGAUAUUUGUAAAGUGGACAUUAACAAGUCUGAUACUUCAAAGAAUUCUCCUAUUCAUUACGCAGUGGCCUAUGGCUGGUAAAAGUUGGUUUAAAUACUGAUUUAGCGUGGAGCAGAUCUUAAUAUAAAGACUAUAUGGAAUUCAACUCCACCUUCACUUGCUAUUCAGAAAUAUCAUUUCCAGAUUCUUCAAAUUCUCAUUGCCUCAAAUAAAAAUGAUUAAUAACCAGAUCUUUAUUCAGAUGCUGAGGGAAGAGAUAUUAUCGUUCAAAAUCUAAUAAACUUUGAUCUCAAUGUUAUUCAAAGAUUAGAAACUCUUAUUAAACUGCUCAACAAGAUCAAUCUACAACCAAAUAUGAGAGAUUAGAAUGGAUAUUCAGCUUUUCAUUAUCUUGCUGGUUUGAAUAUCUCUGAGAUAGCUCAAAACCUUUAUAAUAGUAAACCAGACGAAGUUAAGGCUUUAUAUAAUAAGUUUAAUGCUAAAGAAGAUGGGAAAAAAUCAUCAAAGAAAUAAGCAAAGGAUUUAGAUAAUAAUAGUGAAAAUGAUGAUUUGGCAGGUGGAAGUGACUAGGAAAAUGAAAAUGAUGAGGAAGACGAGGAUAAUCCAAAUAAAAAGAAACAAAGACAAGAAAAAAUUUAGUUCUUAUAUGAUCUGCUAAGCUAAUAUGUGAUACAAAUAGUCACAUUUUUGGAACAUCUUGGCUACGACAACAAUCUCAUAUCUACUAACAGCCAAACUCCUAUUCUGCUUGCUGCCUAGCCCUUACUCUACGCAUUAGCUCAUGGCUAAAGCAUUGUUUAACAUGAAGUUACAGAUAUAAGUUUUAAUUAGCUUAAUGAUAAUACUCUAGAACUCUUGGGAUUUGCUUUUAGUUUGAAAAGCUAAUACUGCGAUACGGUUUCUAACUAAAGAAAUUUAAGCAAAAAGCUAUAUAACUAGCCUGAAACAAGUGAAGUAUUAAAUGAGAAAGAUAAAUAUAAUAGAUCAAACUUUAGAUUCUAACAGGGAUUCCAAGGUUGCUACUUUAAUUAAUCAAAUUGGCUACAUAUGUUGACCAAUAUCAUUGUAUAUUCAAAAAAAGAAGUUAAUACCAAGCCUUUAAUAGACCAAUUAAAGAUCAUUAUCGAGAUGGGUAGCCUAAUUGCUUACAUCUAUUGGCUUUUGUUAAAGAUAGAGAUGCUAUUAAAUAAGUUCUAAAUAAUGAAUGGUUCUAAAUUUACCUACUUAGAUUUCAUUAUAGUUUCUACCAGAAAUUAAAUGGAAUUACCACACAUUGAGGAGCUAUUGAUUGAUAAGUUUCCUGGUAUAGAAAAUUAUAGAUUUGGUUAUCGAGAUAAUUGUAUUCUACUUUUAAUGAGACAUGCCUCAAAUAACAACUUCGAUCCAAUUAAUACUGUUAAAAUGCUAAUUGAGAGAUAGCCAUAAUUACUUAAUACUUGUGAUAAAUUUGAAAAUCCUCUUCUUAACAUAGCAGCAAAGCUUAAGAAUAUACCAUUAACUUUAGCUUACAUAUAUUAGAAAUCCUAUAAUAAAAACUAUAAUGAUUCAAUGGGAAAUGUUGCACUCUCUCACGCUAUAAUGAGAAAGAAUUUCGAGAAUGCCCUUUACUUACUGUAAUAAGAAUAAACAAAGGUUUAUUAGUAUGGUUAUAAAUACAAACACUAUCUUAAUGAUUUUAUAAAAAAUGGAGGAAUAUUGACAAAGAAUUUGAUUUAAAAAAUAAAUGAUUCUCUCAAAGAUCAGUUUAUAGCAGAACCAGUAAAUAUAUAUCAAUUGUCUUUUGAAUGCAAAUUUUUCGCAUUAUUCCAUCUUUGCAAAAAACAAGACUAAAUACUUUUACUUGAGGUCAGCCCAGAAGAGAUACUUGAAUAUCAGAAUAAAGAUAACAUAUUCCUUUUGUUUGCUCUUGCUUAAUCAUAAUCUUACAAAGAAAUGCAAUAGAAUAACAAAGAAGUAGAAGAAGAAGAUAACGAUGAGGAUGAAGAAAAUGAAUAGAACCAAAUAGAGGACGGUGGAAUUCCACUUUAAACUUUAGAGGAUAUUGAAAAUAGCAUAGAGAAGAUUUUCAUUAAACUCAUAACUGACUAUAAACUUUCUAUCUAUUAGGCAGAUAAUUCAGGUAAAACUCUGCUUGUUCAAGCUCUAUUGUCUUAAAAUUUAAAGGUAAUAUCCUUAAUUUUCAAAGAACUAUAUGAAAAUUCAAAUAAAAAGUAAGUCCUUGAGUAUAUACUCCAGAAUACAAACCUUAAAAAAUUGAGUUUUUUCAAUUUGCUGUUAUCAAAAAGUCUAAAUAUUGAUGAGAAAAUCCAAAUUAAGAUACUUCAACAACUGAAUCAAUUACUAGGGAAGAAUAUGUUCCCUCUUUUAAAUAAGCCGUAUACAUUGGAUCCAGCAAUCUUUUUUCAUAAUAAAAGUAAUAUUGAUUAAGAAAGUCCAUAUAUUACAAAUGUAAGAUAAUUCUUAUACAGUAAGCACAAAGGAUUAGUUGAAAUUUAUCCACUACACGACUUAAUUGAGGCUUAGAGAUAUGAAGUUGUUUAAUAUCUAAUUAAGAAUGGAAUAAAAUUUGAUUCAAUUCAAGAGAGGCAAUUGAUUAACUUAUCAGCAUUGUUGAAAGAUCUUAAAUUAAUCAAAAUCUUGCACAAAGAAGGGAACUUAGGUAUAUCUGUAUUAGAUAGUAAGAAAUAAUCUACUUUGCAUUAUUCUCUCUCAGACUAUCAAAAUCCUGAGGGAAUACUGAACAUUAAUGCCUAGAAUUUAGAAGUAUUUUGGUAUUUGAUUCAGAAUAAUUAAGAGAUACAUAAACAAGCAUACAGCUCUGAUUUCAGAUAAAUUUUAACAGCCUCAAAACAUAAGGAAUUGCAGCAUCAUUUCAACAUUAAACCGUAGGAGUCCAAAUAAUAAAAGCAAGUCCUCAAAACAGUUGAUUUGGACUAAGUUGAAAAAGAUUUUAAGCAAAUGGCUCAAUAAUAUAGCACCUCCUCAAACAAUGAUUCAGCAAACAAUUCCUAUGAUUUAAUUGAUGAGGUAUCUGAAAUGCAAGAUACCCAUGAGAUUGUAUAUGAUAUGAAUGUAUAAUUGAUGAAGGUCGACCUUUAAGUUGGAUUAAAUGGAUUAUUGAGGUUUUACAAUAUGCAGCUCUUAAAAGAAAAAGUUAAUGAUAGAUUUGUGCUUUGGACUAGAUGGGGUAGAAUUAAUGAAUAGGGUUAAUAUCAAAGAACUCCAUUUGGGAAUGAUAAAUCUGCAGCUGUCAAAGAAUUCAAUAAAAUUUUCAAGCAGAAGACCGGCAAUGAUUUUGAAGAAUAGAAUAAUGUCUAAAUUAAAGGAAAAUAUAGAGUUAUUGCCAGAGGAAAGGUUAAAAGCUCUUUAAAUGUUAGAAAACAAAUGAAGAAACUCUAAAAAUCAAUUAAAAUGACAGAGGUAAAAGCUUUGCUUAAAAAUUCCUAUAGAAAUGCUAAUCCUACAAACUAAAGCAUUUUCAAACUGUAUGAAAAUUCUAUCCUUGCUCUUAUUUCACAAAAUCUAGAAAAUAGAAAUAAUUAGAGAAAUAAUUCAAGUUCACAUUUAACUUUCCAUCAUAUAGAAGAAGCCAGAUAAAUUCUAGAUGAAGCUUUAGAUCUAUGUGAUUAGCAAGAAAAAUUAAAAUAAGCCAAUAAUAGAGAUGAAGUCUAAAACAUUUAAGAAUAGCUGAUGGAGCUCAGUAACAGAUAUUAUACACUUAUUCCAUUCAAGGAUUACACUCGUAACGGAAUUAAAUUCCUGUCUUGGAAACAUUAAAUUGAAAGAGAGUAAGAGGAAUUAUCUAUUAUGGCUAAUUCUUCAUUGAGUUUUAAGCUUGCUAUAGCCUCUAUAAAAAAUGCUUGUCCUCUUCAAUACGUUAUAAAUAUGCUUCCUACUAAAGUCAAUCUUCUCAGUUCCCUUGAUAACUAAGCAGAGUAUAAAUAGAUAAUGAGAUAUUUAGAUGCUGGAAAGCCAAUAGGAUCAUAAUAUGGAAAGAAGACUCAAACUUAUGUAAACAAUAUCUUCAGUAUAAAUGAAUCAGGCGUUAGAAUGGCCGAUGACAAUGAGCUGUUCAACUAAAUUCAUAAUCAUUGGCUUUUAUGGCACGGUACAAAAAAUGAAAAUUUGAUUGGUAUUCUGAACUAGGGCAUGAAAAUUAAGCCUUCAGGAGUUAAUUAAGCUGGAAGUCUCUUUGGCAGUGGAAUAUAUUUUUCGGAUAAUGCUAAUAAAGCUAUAGAUUACACCUCUUACUAAGAAAUAUAAUACUCUAAGGAAGACGCAAGCUUUUAUAUGCUGCUUUGUGAAGUUGCUUUAGGAAAUGUAGCUAACUUCCCUUCUGACUGGGAAUCAAAUAUAUACAGACCUCCAGAGGGUUCACAUUCAGUAAGAAUAAUGUCAGAAAAAGGGCCAGAUUUUUCAUAAAACAUUUAUAAUGAAGAUGGAAUUAUAGUUCCAGUCGGGAAUAUUGUUUAAUACCCUCCCAUUAAGGUGUUAAAAGGCAACCAAGAGUACAAUGAUAUUAACAACUUUGCUGACUACCUAAUGAAACAAGAGUAAGAAGAAAAGAAGAAAAAACUUAAAGUUAAAGCAGCAAAAAAGCCUAAGAAGAAUGUACCAAAAAAGAAAAAAGUUAAAAAUGAAUCAGAUGAGGAAAUGAGUGAUGAAGGAGAUUCCGAAAAUAAUGAAGAUGAAGAAGAGCAGUAAUUUGAGCAAGAAAUAAUUGAUGUGGGUCUCGCAAAGCAUUUAGAAAAGAGAUUUAGAGAAAAUAAGGAAAAAGAUAAGAAAUUUGGCUUCAAACCCCACAUGAUAUCUGCAGAUUAUCUUCUUGACAAGCUGAAGAAAGACAUUUAGAAUCUUGAUUAAGAAAGCUCUUAUACAGAUAUGGCUCAAUAUAUAGUCUAUUCAGAGAAAUAAGUCAGAGUAAAAUACAUUGUUGAAUUCAAAAGGGAAAAAGGCAUGAAUACUUCUAAUUAUUGA